AUGGAGAAAAAACUAUCAAUUAUUAAUGAGAACGAUUGCAGAAAGAAUUUUAUAAAAUGYGCUCCUAUAAAAGUAUUACAUAAUAAGAAAAUAUUAUAUGAUUUUUCAGAAUAUUAUAUAUAUCUAAAUAAUGAAUUGUCUAAAAUAGAAGAAAAUGUAAAAGGAAAAUACUGUAAAUACAUUACUCAUAUUUUUGAACUAUACCAUAAAUUAUAUGAGGAGGAUAAACAAUGGGAUUUAUUACACAGAUAUGAAAAUGAAUUUAAGCUUUUUAGAACUAUAUUUGAAAAGGAAAAUGCGUUAUCAUCUUUAAAAUCAAAGUGUAAUAUUGAUAAUUCACUUAUAGAAUCAAUCAAAAACGUUAAAACAACAGACACGUUAGAAGAAAAUAAUUUUAGAGGACUUGCUACAUCAAAUCGUUAUGAUAAUAACUUUAACAAUAUAAAAAGUGAAUAUGUACGUUUCUUAUUAAAUAAUAUAUCUUUUUUUUCAUUUGCACUAUUUUAUUAUCCUAUUUUUCUUCUGAGCAAUAGAAAAUUCAUUGAAAUAAAAAAGAUUUAUAGCACAUUUUAUAUUUUUAUUUUACAGGAAAAAGUUCUAAAAGGGCUCCCCUCUUUCCAAAUAUAUGAAGAAUUGAGAAAAGAUGUUAAAGACAAUGAAUACAAGAGUGUUCAUUGUGAUAAAUUAUCAGAAUCUAAGAAUAAGGAUAAUAUUAAAAAACUUUGUAAAAAACUAUUAAGGAAUUUAACAGAUUUACCAAAACUUGAUAAUAUGAAAAAUAAAAGCCAUACAGAUCAAUGUUUGUAUUUAAAUUUUUGGAUAUAUGAUGAACUAAGUAAAAUAUAUGAUCAUAAGGAGGAAAAUAUUUUUGACGUACCUGAUGUUGCUAAAUUUCUUAAUGCAGAUAUUGAAAUUAAUAAGGACUUAAUUGAAAAAGAUUUGAAUAAAAAUUAUAAAAUCAUAGUUCCACCAUCUCCCGCAAGGACACAACCCAAAGAAGGAGAUUCUCAAAAUUCGGAUACAACUGGUGUAGUACAAACAUCCCGAGAAAACCAGACACCUCCGGGAAAUGAAGCAAAUAAAGGAGGUCAAGAAGUUAAAGAAAGUAAGGUAGCUGAAGCACCUAAAGUAAUUAAUGGACAUGAAUCAACAGUAAACAAUAAAGAAACUCAAGUGUCUGCAGAUAAUCUACGGAAUCAAGCAUCUGGAGAUAGUUCAGGCACUCAAGCAUCUGCGGCUAAUACAGGGUCCCAAGGAUCUGAAGAUGAACAAAAAAAAAAAUUACCACAGGAGAUCAUUAAUUAUAAGGCAUAUAGUACACAUAAUCCUUGUUUUUUCAAUUAUAAUUGUAAAUUUUCUGAAUGUAGAGAAAUGAAACAUCUGUAUGAAUAUUUUAAAGAUUAUGAAACUAUUAAGAACAAAAUUAAUUGUGACCAGCGUAAAAAUGAUGAAUAUUUUAAAUAUCUUAAAUAUAUUAGUUCCAUAUAUAAUAAACACAAAGAUGAAGAAGGAUGUUGUUCCUGGGGUGCGAAUAUGUGCCCCUAUUAUUUUUUGCAAUGUGACGAAGCUUAUGAUCCUAGAAAACUCGUAGGGGCGUUAGAGUCAGGAAAUUCGAAAAAAUGCAGUGGAAUAAAAGAAACAGCUGGAGUUAUAAAACCUGUUAAAGCAGAGUCUGAAGUAGAUAAAUUACGUAAUUCUAUGUAUAUAAAAUAUAUGACAUGCUCUUAUAUCCCUGGUUCUCAUUUUAAUAAAAAGGGCUUAAUAUGUCAGCAACAAUCACAACGUCCACACAUAAAUAACAAAUUUUUAUCCAGAUACAGUUCAUAUAAUCCGCCAAUAAAUAUAUCAACCCCAAUAAGUAAAAAUAUAACAGUCCAUGGGAAGCCAAUGAACGUAGUUUUAAUAUCUAAUCCCAAAGCAAGUAUAACAGCAAAGGAUGUAAAAGAAAGUGAUAUAGUACAUUUGUCCAAAUCUAAAUCUGGAUAUUAUAGUGCACUAUUUCCAGAGGUAACUGAGAAAGUUCGUGCCUACUACCUUGAAGAAGCAGAAACGGCAUGCCCAAAAGGGCAAUCUGUAAAAGAAAUGUCAGAGUACUGCAGAAAGUCAAAACGAUAUAACAAAAUAAUAAAUUUAUCAAAUUCCCAAUCUGCAAAUCUAACAUUAAAAGAAGAUAUAGAAAAUUGGGAGGAUAUUGUUAUACCUGAUGAUACAUCGUUCCUAAAUGACAUAUUACAACAACUUCCUGUUCGAAUGGGUACCGUAAGUCUUGCAUCUUUGGGUGCAAUAACCAUGCUUUUCAUGUAUUAUAAGGUAUAA